AUGGGAACUCCUACUUUAGAUAAAAGGGGCGUCCCGUGCACCUGCCGGGCCGCACGAGCAGCGCGCUGUUGUCCCCGGGGUUCUGGUGACCCGGGUGGGCCCGACAGAGAGGUCCUAACGCGUCGGAGCCGGUGCGCAGCACGGGCUGCGGGCCGAGGCCCACCCGGCCUCCUGGCCUCCCAGCCUCUGCAGGUGCGCGGCUCCCGACCGGCCCCGCCUGCGCGCCAAGUCCCCGCACAUUCCCAGUUUGGCCACAAAUGCGAGCCGGGAAGGUUCUCUUCGAAGCAGCGCCUCUCCAGCCUGGGGCCAGAGAAGCGGAAUCCUGGGGAGCCGGAGGACGAGGCCGCCCCCCGAGUGGGCAGUUCCGAGGAAGGAGAGAGCGCAGGGGUCUUGGGACGACAGGAGCAGGUGUUGCUGACAGGGGAGGACGGCAGGGCCCGUGGCCGGCGGCUCCCGGUGGCGCGCCGUGAUCGUAUAGUGGUUAGUACUCUGCGUUGUGGCCGCAGCAACCUCGGUUCGAAUCCGAGUCACGGCAACAGCCUCUCCUUUUCCAACAGCCGGAGACGCCCGAGGCGCCCUUCACCACCCGUCCAGCCUCCGGGGUGUGUGUGUGUCUGUUUUUGUGCUUCUCUCCCCAACCAUUCCCAAGCCCCACAGUCCUGUUGGCCCUGGCUGGAGGUCCCAAGGAGAAACGGGGGUAAUAAAAAUAAACCUAGAAAUCUUUUCCUUUUACACUCAAGGGAAUGA